UAAGCCCACAGUGAUAUCUCCAUCAAAGGCACACCGCAAGAACCUGUCAUGAUCACUCAUUCUCCCAUUUUAGUUUUUCUCCCUUCCUCUCUCUUCACUGUUCUUCACUGAAAUGUCUUUCAUUGAAGUUUUAGUGCUCAUCUUCUCCUUAGCCUCCACAGCCCAUCAUUCCAGUGCUGGAACUUGGUGUUCAUGCAGGGAGGGAUUGCCGGAUUCAAUGCUGCAAAAGACUCUAGACUAUGCGUGCGGGGCUGGAGCUGACUGUGUCCCUAUCCACCAGAAGGGACCCUGCUUCCAGCCCAACACAGUGAGGUCCCACUGCUCCUACGCCGUCAACAGCUACUUCCAGCGCAAGCGCCAGGCUCAGGGCACCUGCGACUUCACCGGCACUGCCAAGUGCACCUCUUCUGACCCAAGCUUCUCUGGCUGCAAAUUCCCUUCUAGUGCCAGCUCUGCAGGAACAACUUCUGGAACCCCGACUCCGGCGGCAAAAACCCCUCCGGCCACCACCUCUCCACCAUCGACCACCAUGCCCCCCACCAACACCACUGCAGGUCCUUACACCAUUGCAUCUCCCGACAUCAACGCUUAUCCCAAUCACGGUGGGUUCAGGCCAGCAGGAUAUAUCUGGUCCUCUAUCCUAUCCCUCUCGCUGUUGUUGCGGGGCUAAAUCUGCUAAAAGCGUUGUCAAACCUUAUUAUAUCAGAUCCAUCUCCGACUGAAUCAAUCUGCACCUAUUCACUCUGAACAAUGCAAAUACCAUUCCAGAAUGAUUUGGUUCAGAAGACCAGUCCUGAUGCUCUUGUUUGCCAGUAAUUUUGCUCCCCCUCGUACAUGUAUGUUUAUCCACCCGUGUCAUGACAAUGACUCGUGCUGUACGUUUCUAUACUAUGAAUAGUAAGAUAUGCUUGGCCUGCGACAAGCUUGUCAUGCUAG